AUGAAGGACCUCUUACAUGAGGGGUACGAGAAGCACAGAAGAGUCCGAGAAGGGAAAGAGAGGCAAGCAGAAAACGAACUCGAGAACGCAGUCGCAUCUCAGGUCCAACAAUACAGAGAAGAGAUGAUGCCAUUCCUGGAAGGACCCUCCAUGAUCAGCCGGAAGGAGCUGAUGAAUCGACACUUGGAGCAUUCCCUGCAAGCCAUUAGGACCCUUUCGGAGAGAGGCGAGCGGUAUCCCCACAUUUCAAGGAAACACCUGGACGAGUUGGAGCAGAUCUUGCAUGAGACGUCCCAGGAGUACGAGGAACGACGCUCAGAUGCCGAGAGAGACGCGAGAUCCCAGCUGGAGAGGGCGUGCUGUAUGGCUGCAGAGGAAUACAAGAGGAGGAGGUGGAAGUUUUAUGGAGGAGUCAUGGCCGGCUGGGAGGCGCUCCUUGCAGAUCACGAGGAGCAAGUAGAAGCGGCUCUCGAUACCUUUUCGUCUCUCGGCAGUGGUGUUGCCGAAUGGCUUGUAGAGGAAUUCAAGGAAAUAUUGCUGAUGUCCUGCGAACUACGGUCGCGGUAUUUUUCCCAAAUAAUGGCCUCCUUCCGGCAUGCUAACCGCGCCUCUCACCGUCCACAGACCCUCGACACCUGGCACGACACGUUGGAGAAGGAGAUGGCAGAGGAACGACCAAAGAGAAGGCAAUCAUCACUCGUCACUCUUUCCCUGGCUGUCCUCGUGGGUUUAGCGGUGGCAAACGGGCUGAAGAAUUCCGCUUUGGGCACGGGGGCCGUUGUGGGAAUUCUCGUAGCCACUUGGUGGUUGACACCAGGUAUCGCAGAAUCAAUUUGGAAGGAAAAGAUGGCAGACAGACUCACCGAGAAUAUUUGCUGGACAUGA